AUGGCAGAAGAACUCCGGAAGUUAGCAGCUUGUUCAACCUGUUGGGCCUUGAAGCGAGGGUGUCUCGAUCGCGAUCCAAUUACUCUGCAAUGCCAGGGUUGUAAAUCAUAUAUCAAGGACGCCAAGCUUCAAGAUGGUGGAACCCUUUUGGCAGACACAUUCUUCGAUGCAGUUGCCCACUCAGAACUGUACAGACAAGUUUCAGCCUCUUCCCUUCCUACUCUCGAUAUCAGCCAAGGUACUCGAAAUCAGAACAUCUUCGGGCUACAAGUUGCAUCAUCUGCAGGCAAUACAUCGGAUCCUUCUGGGCAUGUUAUUGAUGCACACUUCAACACCCGAAAUCGACUGUUGGUGGAAUGGCUGGACGAGUUUGUGCGUCGAAAUUGUUGUCUUGACAUUCAUGGCAAAGGAGAUCAUACCCAAAUUGUCGAAGAUGCUGUGCUCAUCGGUGGAUAUAUUACUCUUUUGUCUUCGUCCAUCCGAGUCAAAGAACACGUCGACACGACUCGAGAUGGUGUAAUUGUCGAGAAUGAGUUGGAACACUACAAUCUCUACCUACAUCUCCAACAUCUGCUUCUGAGCAGACUUCAAAUGCUCAUCAAAGAAAUACUGAAUUCGCUUCGUUUCGAGGAUCCGCACAACGAGUAUCCGGGCUAUGCUCGAACUGCACACGCGGCGGCCGUGAUUCUCUGGUACGACGUGGAUUACUUCAGGAGAAGCCUUCGUCACGGACCUCUACUCUUACAAAACUCGAUGCCUGCAUCCUGGAAAGGCCCAGGAGGUACCAUAGUCAAGUGGUUCGAAAACAUCGGAGCAGAACUGCAGUCACAGCUGCGUCGAGGCUGUGGCCAGCAUGUGGACUGGGAUUCAGCACUCACUUCCAAAAGAAGUGCGAGGCGCACACACACCACAUUCAAACUUAAACUCACUCUCCAUCAAAUCAAGCACACAAUACAAUAUGUGCCUCCGAUUCGAACAAUAUUCACACCCCUAGGAGAUGGCGAUGUCUUCUUGAUAUCGCCGCCAAGAUCUCCAACCUUACAAGUCCUUGGGCUGAGAAGUCACGCCCUUGAUGUGGAAGAGGAGAUACCGGCUCACGUCUCAUACCUCGCUCUGCUUGAUCAACCAAGUACCGAGGCAGAAACCUCUGACAUGGAUCUUAAUCUCUUGCCUGACUUGAAAACGUUGAUACGUUAG